AUGUUUGCCAUGCCCAGUGAGCAGAGCGUCCUUGCGGGCUCGGGCCGGGCCGACGCAGACGUCGCCUCAAAGGAGGUAGCGCCGUGGCGACGCAAGGAGGGCGAAGUGUUGUUUGAGAUGCUCGACAGGGACAAAGAUGGCUACCUUACUCGGAAGGAGGCACGAAACUGGCUUCGCAGUCUUGGCUGGUGUCUAACAGAUGUGGCCUUCGAUGCCCUUUUGGAAGAGGCCGCGGGGGUAUCCACAGAGGAUUCAAGUCUACAUCGCAGGAAGUGGGCACUGCCCAAGCUGCUUGAAGUGGCUGACCUUGGUGAGGAUCUCUGUGGGCCAAAUCCGGAGGCAUUGAGGGCCGCCUUCAAGACUCUUGGAUCCCAGAGCUCAUGCACGAAGGACCGACUGAAGCAGCUGGCGACAGGCCACGAUGGUGGCCUGACGGAGGCGGACAUAGAUGAGCUUUUCGCGCUUUGUGGUGCAUCUUCACAGCGAGUUUCCACUGACAUGCUCGUUGAUGGCUUGGUCGACUGCAUAUGCCAGCCGAAGGCACAUGUGCAUAAAGCAGUGCUGGGACAAAGUCGCUUGUUUCUCCCGGGAUAG